AUGUCACUCUUUGUCACUCUCCUCUGUGCUUCUCACGUCUAUGCAUCCUGCACGUACUCGGCGGAUUCGAAUGACUGUACUCCAUUCCCCACGUCGACUAUCGUCGGUCUUGCUAUUGGCGGAAUUAUUCUCUUGGCCAUUGUUAUUUUUGGCAGGAUUCUUCGCCGGCGAAGACUCCAACGUGUUGCACAGGCAACCUUCCUAUAUGGAACACCCAGUAACAGCUAUGGCAGGCCACAAUCAAAUGUAUAUCAUCCAUACCCCACUCAAUCACAAUGUCCUCCUGGGCUACAGUCAUCAAGACCUAUCCCCGGUCAAAUGAAUUCGUUGAACCGAAAUGGAAUGCCCGUAGCACCCUCAUUUCCACAACUAUCCAAGCCAUCUCCAACGGCACAUUCUGCACGCAUGCGAUCUCCAACCAUGCCUUCUCCAACCCACUACUCAAAUUAUUCAAACCAGACCGCACACAUUUCACCUCCCUCUUCCCCAAAUUCAGCCCGUUUACCACCCCCUGGGUUUCCCCUCUCUCCUUCUCCCCCUUCGACACAUUCACGAGUCUCUGCUGAUACAUCUACUGUCCAAGCACCGUCCAUUAGGGUCACUUCAGCACACACUCCUCCCGUCAGGCACUCAUCACCUCCUGAGAAUGUGGAGAUGCGUACGUUGACCGUGCAGACGGAAGUCGCGAAUGAUGAACCUCCACCAGCUUACACCCCGAUUUAA